CUCACAUCUAGUUUGACCAGGCAUGGAUCUUAAUCUAAGACUCCUAUUGGCAAUGCUUGUUCUUGCAAGCCUUCUAAUCUACACCACACCGACCCAUCAUGUCAAUUCUGAAAUUUCUAACCGUCAGAAAUAUAUUGUGCGUGUGCGCCCUCCACCAAACUUUUCCCCAGAUAUGAGCUCUUCUAACCUUGAGACAUGGUAUAGAUCAUUCCUCCCACCAUCAUCGAUGGGUGCAUCUAGGCCUCAUACACCAUUCAUCUAUACCUAUAGAGAAGCCAUUCUCGGCUUUGCUGUGAACCUCACGAAAGUUGAGGUAGAGUACGUUACAAAAAGAGAUGGUGUCCUUAAUGUAUACGAGGAUUACCUUAUACCACUCUUGACAACCCAUACACCUGAAUUCCUAGGGCUAAGGUCCAAUGGAGGAGCUUGGAAUAGCAUAGGAAUGGGUGAGGGAACCAUCAUAGGCUUGCUAGAUACAGGGAUAGACAUGUCACACCCCUCAUUCCAUGAUGAUGGAAUGAAGCCACCACCAGCAAAGUGGCGUGGGUCUUGUGACUUUGGAGAUGCCAAAUGCAACAAAAAGUUGAUUGGUGGCAGAUCAUUUUCUAGAGGUCAUGUGCCUCCAGUGGAUAAUGUUGGCCAUGGCACACACACUGCAAGCACAGCUGCCGGACAAUUCGUAGAAGGUGCAAGUGUGCUUGGAAAUGGAAAUGGUACCGCUGCUGGCAUGGCCCCACAUGCACACCUUGCUAUGUAUCGAGUGUGCAGCGUAUGGGGAUGUUGGAACUCAGAUGUAGUGGCUGGACUAGAUGCAGCCAUUUCUGAUGGUGUUGACAUACUGUCUAUAUCACUUGGUGGUCGGUCACGACGAUUCCAUCAAGAAUUACUGGCAAUUGGCACAUUUUCUGCCAUGCGGAAAGGGAUAUUUGUCAGUUGUUCUGCAGGAAAUUCAGGUCCAUCAUCUGGCACACUAAGCAACGAGGCACCUUGGGUCCUGACGGUUGGUGCAAGUACAAUGGACCGACAGAUGAAAGCUAUUGUCAAGCUAGGUGAUGGCCGCUCAUUUGUCGGUGAGUCAGCCUACCAACCAUCUAACCUUGUUUCUUUGCCAUUAGCGUACAAGCUAGAUUCUGGGAAUGUUAAAGGGAAGGUUGUUGCUUGUGAUCUUGAUGGUUCUGGUAGCUCUGGUAUCCGAAUUGGAAAAACUGUCAAGCAAGCUGGCGGAGCUGGGAUGAUAGUGUUUGGAAAACAAGUGAGUGGGCACAAUACUUUUGCUGAACCACAUGUCCUCCCAGCAUCUUAUGUGAAUCCCAUAGAUGCUGCUAUGAUUAGAGAGUAUGCUAAGAACUCUAGCAACAAGCCAACAGCCUCAAUUGUCUACGAGGGAACAUCAUUGGGAACUACUCCAGCUCCUGUAGUUGCUUUCUUCUCUUCACGUGGUCCAAGCACAGCAAGCCCUGGUGUUCUUAAGCCUGACAUCAUUGGACCAGGAGUGAAUGUCAUUGCAGCUUGGCCAUUCAAAGUUGGACCACCAACAAGUGCAAAUUUUGUGAAGUUUAAUUCCAUUUCUGGAACAUCAAUGUCUGCACCUCACCUCAGUGGAAUCGCAGCUGUUAUCAAGAGUGUUCAUCCAGAUUGGUCACCUGCAGCAAUCAAAUCGGCAAUCAUGACAACAGCCUAUGCAGUAGAUGGUAACAAGAAGCCAAUCCUAGAUGAAAAAUUCAAUCCAGCUGGUCAUUUCAGUAUAGGUGCUGGACAUGUUAACCCUUCUCGAGCUAUCAAUCCAGGUCUAAUCUAUGACACCGAUGAGGAGCAAUAUAUUUUGUACCUAUGCGGACUUGGCUACACAGAUUCUGAAGUUGAGAUAGUUACACAUCAGAAGGAUGCCUGUAGGAAAGGAAGGAAAAUCACUGAAGCUGAGCUGAAUUAUCCUUCGAUUGCGGUGAAUGCGAAACUUGGCAAACUUGUGGUGAAUAGGACGGUCACCAAUGUAGGCGAGGCAAGUUCAACCUACACUGUGGACAUUGAUAUGCCGAAGGGAGUAACGGCAUCAAUUUCACCAAACAAGCUAGAAUUUACCAAGGCAAAAGAGGUGAAAACAUUUGUUGUGAGUUUAAGUUGGGAUGCCAAUAAAAUUAAGCAUGCGGAGGGAAGCUUCACUUGGGUGUUUGGGAAACAAGUUGUGAGGAGCCCCAUUGUAAUAUUCUAAUGUAAACUUAGUGAGUUUAGGACUUGCUUGCAAGCCUGCUACUAAUAUUAAAUAAUAAGUUUAUCAAUAUUGGUAUCUCUGCAACUAUUAAUAGAGUUUCUGUAGCUUCCAUAUCACUAAGAAGCUCCAUAGAAAUUGUAUCCGUCAAUCUCAAAAAAAAUAUAUAUCUGAUUUCUUUA